AUGUUUAAACUGACAGACGAUCUCUUUUUGCUUCAGCAACACGAGGAAGUUUAUUGCAGACGCUUUCCUCUUACCUGCCCAAACAGCUGUGGAAAGAAAGAAAUACCAAGGGAAGAGCUGCAAAGUCAUCUCUCAGAGAAAUGCCUAAUGUCAGAGGUGACUUGUCCCUAUGCAAAGGCUGGUUGCCCAUUUCAGGACAAAAGAGUUCAUCUCAUCGACCAUUUAGAGGCAAGCGUAGAGGAUCAUUUAGAGAUGACAUUUUCUUCGCUAUUGGCUGCGAAAACUGAACUGUCAGUUUGCCAUAAUGGAAUGACAGAGUUGCAACAAAAGUUCCAUGAAAGCGAAGAAAAUAAUCGGAAACUCUCACAGUUAGUGGAGGAUCAUCGUGAGCAGAUUCGUGAUUUGACCUUGGAGACGAAGCGCUUGGGGAUGGAAAACAUCCAACAAACGAAGACCAUUGAAGAAAAGUUCAAGAAAAAUUUCCUCCUAAUAGAACAAUGGAUGAAAGAUAUGAAUGGUAAAAUCGCCCAACAAGGAACAAAGAUAGAAGAAGUGCACCGGAAAAACCUUCAGCUAGAAAGGGAGAUUAAGGAGAAAAACAGCCGACAUCAGAAGACAUCAAACCCCUUUCAAAGGUUAUCAGAUGUACGGGAAACCGCUGCGGCGAUCGCAUUACACCGGUAUAACAAACAUCUGGACGACAGGAUAAUUACAAACUCAGCGAACCCCAUGAUAGGGUCACAGAACACCGCCGGGCUUCAAUUCAGGACAGAAAGCUUGAGUGAUACCACUGACUCUUAA